GAGAACUUCUCACGCCCCUAUCAGCCAAACGUUAGACGCAGGAAUGAUUCACCUACCCAAUUCCUGCAAAACACUGCCACCGCACUCCGACCUCACGAUGAAAAGCAAGUAUCUCAGAACGGAAUAAUAACACGGGAACGCGGCCUCUCCACCUCCUCCUCGCAGUCGACCGCGAAUUUUACCCCUUCGAUCGCUCUCAGACCCUCCGCUUCGAUCCCCGAUUACCACUCUCCAGACCCACUUCAUGCAAGCCCACGGAACCUCAAUAGUUCGAGUUACAGACCGUGGAGAGGAAUGGAGAGACCGGAUAGUAAUGCCUCUGCACAUAGAUGGGAGCCAACAUCACGGCCUUUCGAAGGCGACGAGGUACUACGGGCGAGUCUGCGGUCGGCCUUGACUACCGGCUCAAGUUACGUUGGGACAAGCGGGACGGAGAGAAGCAGUGUCUUGACAAAGAGCAGCUCCAGAACAUCAAUGUUUGGCAGAGACGAGGGGAUGACUGUAGACGAUUUCCUGGGAAUGUACGAAGAGGGGUUUACAGAUUCGGGGGUCGAAGAUAAUGAUGAGGAACCACGACCUACAACUGGCACAUCGGAAGACAAGAGGGUAUCGGAGCUUUGUGAAGAGAUGAAUGACAAGCUGCCAGUGCGUCCUUCGAUUCAGGUUAUUCGGAAUUCAGAGGCCAUCUUUAGUCCCGGGGGGACAGAUAGUCCUGUUACUCCAGAUACUCCCCUUCAGGGUCCCGACAGCCCCGUCGAUAUCCAGAAUCCCUACUUUGACGGAGCAGCUACGAGCCGUCCUAUGACCAGAGCAGCUCCGAUGGAUUUUGGAGCAGCUCGGGACCGCUAUGGUUUCCGUAAGAAAACCCAGCACGUUUCCCUGGAGGAAUAUGAGUCCUGGAAUGGCCCGUAUACUGAAUAUCUUGCGAGGCGUCGGAAGAAGUGGGUACACCUUCUCAAAGAGAACGGUCUAAUGAGUGACACUCCUAAUCGAUUUCCGCCCAAGAGUCAAAAGGUGAAGCGUUUCGUGCGGAAAGGAAUACCACCAGAUUGGAGAGGAGACGCGUGGUUCUACUACGCCGGUGGCCCAUCUAUGCUCUCAAAACAUUAUGGUGUUUACGAUGAUCUGCUAAAAAAGGCAGCAGCAGGAGGCGUCUCCGAGACCGACGACGAGAUCAUAGAGAGAGACCUCAAUCGCACAUUCCCAGACAACAUCCUCUUCAGACCCGACCCUCCAGAAGCCACUCCCGGCUCACAACACGAUUCGCGGGCGCCCGAGGCUGAGACGCCUAUUCUGCAAUCCCUCCGCCGGGUGCUACAAGCAUUCUCCAUCUACAACCCUAAGAUUGGCUAUUGCCAGUCUCUAAAUUUCCUUGCGGGUCUAUUACUCCUCUUCAUGAAUGAAGAGAAAUCCUUCUGGAUGCUCAACAUCAUAACACGCGUCUAUCUCCCCGGCACGCACGAAGUGAACCUCGAAGGGGCCAACGUCGACCUCGGCGUCCUGAUGCUCUCGAUCCGCGAAACCAUGCCGUCGGUCUGGGCGAAGAUCGGCGGCGAGCUGGACGGCUCGACGUUUGACCCCAAAGUAUCGAUGCGUCUCCCACCAAUCACGCUCUGCACCACAGCCUGGUUCAUGUCCUGCUUCAUCGGCACCCUGCCCAUCGAGACCACGCUCCGGGUCUGGGACUCCUUCUUCUACGAAGGGUCGAAAACGCUCUUCCGCAUCGCGUUGACGAUCUUCAAACUCGGCGAACAAGAGAUCAAGAAUGUGAGUGACCCGAUGGAGAUCUUCCAGGUGGUUCAGACGAUCCCGCGGAGGCUGGUGGAUGCCAACCUGGUGCUGGACACGUGUUUCAAGCGCCGAGGCGGCUUCUCUUCGCUGAGCCAGGAGAAGAUCGAGCAGAGGAGACAAGAGCGGAGACAGGGUUAUGCGGAGGAACGUCAGCGAGCCAAUGGAGAGAUUCCC